AUGACGUGGCUUUUGGUGGCGACGGUUGGAUCGAUUUUGAUCGCGUUGAAGGUUUUGCUGAUUCCCGCCUAUGUUUCGACGGAUUUUGAGGUACUGUAGAAAGGAUUACUGUAGGUCACGUUUUUUCAUGAGAAAGGAAAAAUCUGGAAUAAUUUUGGUACGAUGGGAGAUUACUGUAGCUUUCGAGGUUGCUGUAGACUUACUCUCAUUUUGGGAUACUGUAGCUCUUCAGAGAGCAGUACUGUAGCUACUGUAUUUUUCAAAUUUAUGGAGUACUGUAGUUUUGGAGGAUUACUGUAAGAUGCAUGAAUGUGGUUGAUAGCGUCGCGGUCACGCGCUGCGUGUUCAUUUUCAUAGUUUCCACAAGACCCGCGCCGCGUGACCGCAACGCGUUCAACUACAGUAAUCCUCCAAAAAACUACAGUAACUGUAACUAGGAAAUACACAGUAUCCCAAACAUAAUAUUUUCAUAAGAACCUUUAAAAUAGACUAUGUACAGUAAUCCUACAGAUUUUCAAAAUUUUCAAAAAAAAAUCAAUAAUUUCCCCAGGUUCAUCGAAAUUGGCUGGCUUUAACCCAUCAAAAACCAAUCAAUAAAUGGUACACUGAAAACACAUCCGAAUGGACCCUAGACUAUCCGCCAUUUUUUCGCCUAUUUCGAGCGGUUUCUGGGCGAAAUCGCCGAAAAAAUCGGGAUAGAUCAGAGGAUUUUUGA